GGGCGAUUACACAUUAUCCGGUUUUUGCCGGACCGGUCUGAAACCCAAAUGGCAAAUUUCGACCGUACCAACCUCUUUACGGCACCGUGAUGCAGCCGUCUACUGCGACUACAAUGUCCGGCGACCGGACAAGUAUUAUACGCGAUGAAACUAGUAUAGUGUCGAUGUCUGGUGGAGACAUCAGUUAGGGAAAGCAAAUCAUUCUCUAUAAGAUUAUUAGACCUUAAGAUAGUUUUGAGUUGUUAAAAUUUUUAAUGAAAAUUUAUCUGUUAGUAUUAGUACUAUUCAGGCAAUUUUUCCUCCCAUGCAUUAGUAUGUGUGGUAUUGACGUUUGUUUGUUUUGGAGUCAAUUCAGAAGUCGCAAGUGAUAUGGAUUCCGAAUUUUUUUAUUUCGCUGCUAUGGAACAAGUUAAGUGAUGAACCUUUCUGAUCAAAGCGAAGCAAUGGCCACAGGCGCACGAGGGCAUCAUUGGAGUAUAUUGCCAUGUAUUGUGUUAUUAACGACAACUUCCCUUAUUCGAUGGGAUGUGAAACAAAUUUCCAACUGGUUCAUCAAGGGCAAAAUUUUGAGCGACUUCAUCGAGCUGAAUGUGAAGUUCGACCUGACCCGGAACACGAUCGACGAUGAGGUGUCCGCAACUCGGCUCGAGGUACUCAAACCAAAACUGUCCGAUCUGUGCUCGGCGAUCAAGAUGUUCCCCUGUCCGACACAAAAGUAUCGGUUCAGAUAGAGUGAAAUCACCCAGUUGUUGGCAUUUCUGAUUCGUCAUUCAUCGCCCAGGAUCCGCUUAUUAACAGCUGUGCGUUGAAGCGAAAUGCGUUCGAGAAGCUGCUCUUGCUCCAGGAGUACGUGCACCAGGAAUUGCGACAUAUGUAUGCUGAGCGCGUUUCUGGACGAAGAGAUAGUGUUUGAAGGAAAAUUACUAUGUAAUUUUAAGAAUUAAUUACUGCAAUGGGGGAAUAAAAUAGACAGUCUAGAAUGGAUGAAUAAGCAUAUAUUCUCUCGUAGGUAAAUUCUAAGGAUAAUCACAGG